CUCAAUUUCAGUAAAAAAAAAUCCUCAGAAGCCCACUUCUGCUCCGAGCGCGCGAGAGAGAGAGAGAGAGAGAGAGAGAGAGAGGAGAAGAGUGGAAAUGGGUGUGGAUUUGAGGCAAGUGGUUGCUGGAAUUCUUACCAUUACCAUGUUUGUGAUGCUCGGAAAGAUGCUUCAUAGAGAUUACUUUGAUUCCGAUCAGGAGAAAUUCUCAGGAGAAGAACACGGUAUCGAAUUCGGGGGAUCCAAGGUUUCCGUAAAAGACGGCCUUGUGCGCUCCAUUGGGGGAGGCAAAGGGCCUUGGAUAGAGAACAUCCAUGAACUUAAGCCUUGUUGGACAGCAUCAUCUACAUCUGAUGAUGUGUCAUCGUCGAAAGGGUAUGUUACAUUCUCGCUCACAAAUGGCCCCGAAUACCAUGUUUCUCAGAUUACUGAUGUUGUAAUGGUGGCAAAGCAUAUUGGGGCAACUCUUGUACUUCCGGACAUUAGAGGAAGCAAACCCGGAGACGAAAGGAACUUCGAAGAUAUAUAUGACGCUGACAAGUUCAUUAGAAACCUGGAAGGUGUUGUCAAAGUCGUAAAGCAAUUGCCCGAAGAGAUAUCUCUCAGGAAUAUGGCCAUUGUGAAGGUUCCUACCCGGGUAUCCAAAGAUUACAUCAAGGAAAGCAUCGAACCCAUCUUCAGAUCAAAGGGAAACAUAAGAGUUGCAACCUAUUUCCCUUCUGUAAAUUUGAGAAAAUCUUCACAGGACGGUGAAACCGAUCCCGUGGCAUGUUUGGCAAUGUUUGGAUCAUUGGAGUUGCAGCCCGAAGUGAACAAAGUGGUGGAAUCAAUGGUGGAGAGGCUGAAAACACUGAGCCGGAAAUCGGGUGGCCGGUUCAUAGCCGUAGACCUAAGGCUCGAGAUUCUUGAAAAGAAAAACUGCCAUGAAACCUCCAUUGCAAAGUCCAAAACCUGUUAUGACUCACAAGAGAUAGCUGUGUUCUUGAGGAAAAUCGGGUUCAAUACUGACACUACGAUCUAUCUCACCCAGCCAAGAUGGAACAGUAGUCUCAAUAUCCUCAAGGAUAUCUUCCCGAAAACAUAUACAAAGGAAUCGAUAAUACCAGGAGAUAAGAAAUCAAAGUACUUGGAAUCAGCGAAUUCAGAGUAUGAAAAAGUUAUCGAUUUCUACAUAAGCUCGAGAAGUGAUGUGUUUGUCCCAGCAAUAUCGGGUCUGUUUUACGCCAACACGGUUGGAAAAAGAAUAGCUUUAAACAAGAAUCAAGUCCUCAUUCCAGCCGAAAUCGCUGGAACUUCUGCUCUUGCAACUGAUUUCAUCUCUCCUUACAUCUGGAAGAAGAAUCACUUGGCUUAUUCAUGCUUCUGCUAAAACUGCAAAUUCAGGAUGGUCUUGAAAGCAUAAAUGAAUCAAAUGGGCCUUCUCUCCAAAGCGUAAGCGAUUCAAUUACCGGCGUUUUCUCGAUAUAAAGUUCGUUUUCGAGAGGGGAGUGAUUAGUCUUGGCCUCCGUGUAGGAAAGAAAAAAAAACUAUGUUGAGGUUACAGAUUGAGAUUUGUUGGCUUAUAGCUUUCUGCAUCCUUUUAGUUACAAAUACUUCAAAUGUUUGCAAGUUCAAGUUCUGAUGAUGAGGUUAUUCAGAGUUUUUUCACUUCAA